UCGACCUUUUAUUAAAAAAAAUCGCGUGCAUCGCACGGUAUAAUACUAGUUAUAAGAAUAUCUCAUUCCACCAUUAUCCUGUCGACCUGUCCCCCUGCAUAAAAUCUAGUCAAGCACUAGAGCUUUGUUUUUGUUUCUCAUUUUCUAUUGUGAUCCGAAGGGAAGAUGGGGGGAGUGGACUUUCUAGCCGAUGAGAGGAGGAAGGCGGAGUUCGAUGUAGACGCUAUGAAAGUAGUCUGGGCGGGCUCUCGCCACGCCUUCAAUCUUUCCGAUCGCAUCUCCAAGCUCGUCGCCAGUGACCCUGUCUUUAGUAAGGAUGGCAGGACCAUGAUGCCCAGGAAGGAACUGUUUAAGAAUACCCUACGGAAGGCAACUUAUGCAUGGAAACGGAUCAUUGAACUUCGUCUAACUGAGGAAGAGGCCGCUAGACUUAGAUUUUAUAUAGAUGAGCCUGCUUUCAGUGAUCUUCAUUGGGGGAUGUUUGUCCCUGCCAUCAAAGGAUCUGGCACGGAGGAACAACAAAAAAAGUGGUUGCCGUUGGCGUACAAAAUGCAAAUAAUUGGUUGCUAUGCGCAAACUGAACUUGGACACGGGUCCAAUGUCCAAGGUCUUGAAACCACUGCCACUUUUGAUCCUCAAACAGAUGAAUUUAUUAUCCAUAGUCCUACCUUGACUUCAAGCAAGUGGUGGCCUGGUGGAUUGGGAAAAAUCGCUACCCAUGCUAUUGUUUAUGCUCGUCUUAUAACAGAGGGUAAAGACCAUGGAGUUCAUGGAUUUAUCGUUCAGCUACGGAGCCUGGAGGACCAUAGUCCACUUCCUGAUAUUACUGUUGGAGAUAUUGGAAUGAAAUUUGGAAAUGGUGCAUAUAACACCAUGGACAAUGGGGUGUUGAGAUUUGAUCACGUGCGUAUCCCGAGAGAUCAGAUGUUGAUGCGGGUUUCACAGGUUACAAGAGAAGGGAAAUAUGUGCAAUCUAAUAUUCCCCGACAGAUUCUUUAUGGAACUAUGGUAUUUGUCCGGCAAAGUAUUGUAGCAGAUGCUUCAUCUGCUUUGUCCCGUGCAGUGUGUAUAGCUACUAGAUAUAGUGCUGUCCGUAGACAGUUUGGUUCCCAAAACGGUGGACAUGAAAUACAGGUAUUAGACUAUAAAACUCAGCAGAGUAGGCUCUUCCCUUUGCUGGCUUCGGGAUAUGCCUUCAGAUUUGUUGGAGAGUGGCUCAAAUGGUUGUACACUGAUGUAACCCAAAAACUGCAAGCGGGUGACUUCUCGACUCUGCCUGAAGUGCAUGCAUGUACUGCCGGCUUGAAGUCUUUGACUACUUCUGCUACUGCUGAUGGAAUUGAGGAAUGCCGCAAACUGUGUGGAGGCCAUGGCUACUUGUGUAGCAGUGGGCUUCCAGAAUUAUUUGCUGUUUAUGUCCCUGCUUGUACAUAUGAAGGAGAUAACACUGUGCUUCUUCUACAAGUUGCUCGAGUUCUAUUGAAGACUAUAUCUCAACUAGGGUCUGGUAAACCGCCUGUGGGGACUAUAGCCUAUAUGGGGAGGAUUGAGCAUUUAAUGAACUGUCGUUCUAAAGUUCAGCAAGCCAACGACUGGCUGAAUCCUAGUGCAGUUUUGGAGGCUUUUGAAGCAAGGGCGGCAAGAAUGGCUGUUUCUUGUGCAAAGAACGUCAGUGAGUUUGCCAAUAAAGAAGAAGGUUUUACGGAGCUCUCUGCUGAUUUAGUAGAAGCAGCAGUUGCUCACUGCCAACUAAUUGUCGUUUCCAAGUUUAUAGAAAAAUUGCAGCAGGACAUCACAGGGAGGGGGGUGAGGCAGCAACUGGAGGCUCUUUGUGCCAUCUACUCCCUCCAUCUUCUCCAUAAACACCAAGGAGACUUCCUUUCCACCAAUUACAUCACACCAAAGCAAGCCUCACUCGCCAAUGAUCAGCUGAGAUCAUUGUACACACAGAUCCGCCCUAAUGCUAUUGCACUCGUGGACGCGUUUAACUACACCGACCACUUCCUCGGGUCGGUUCUAGGACGUUAUGAUGGAAAUGUGUACCCGAAGCUGUAUGAAGAAGCUUGGAAAGACCCAUUAAAUGAUUCGGUUGUGCCUGAUGGGUUUCAUGAAUACAUUAGGCCACUCCUAAAGCAACAGCUGUUGACCGCUAGGCUGUGAUCGAAAAGUAGAGCCGGCCCAUCUUUCAUUUUGUUUUUUAUUUUUUCAUAAUACAAAGGUGUAGCUUAUCUGUAGCCAUUCUAUGAACGUGAAGCCUUUGUAGAUUCAUUUGUUGCCACAUCCAUCAUCACUCACAUCAGUACACGCCCAUACUAUGGACUUGUAUAAUAAACACGUUCUUUGCACCCCUCCUCCAGUAAGAAUAACAAAACCACAAAAUUGCUACCAUUUACCUUUUGCAUCUACUUCUGUCUUCCAGUUGUUACUAUUUAUUAAUAAUACUUGAAGGCUAUUUUUGGACCUCGAAAACUGGCAGGGAAUCUCUCUAUUUACAUCGG